GUAUUGUGGGAAGUGUGCCUAACAAUCAUGGCGGACGCCUUUGGAGACAGCUUGUUCAGCGUGUUUGACGAUGAACAACAAACCACCGCGAGUAAAAAGACACCCGCUUCGCUGACACCCGAAAUCGAGAAAGUUGAAAAUAAAAAUGACACCGACAUGGAUACUGCGCCGUCCGGCCCGAACAAGAGGGAGGCUGAUAGUGACGGUGGAGAGGAGAUGGGGUUUUCGAAGAAACCGCGACACGACACCAUUUCCGAGCUAAAUCUUUCAGAGGUUAUGCCCCAAGUGAAGGUGGAGCAAGUCGAAACCGUGGAA